AAUUAAUUUAAAUAUGGGAUCGCCCUCUGAAAACCUCGAAUUUUACAGAAAUCGAAGAGAAGACGAACAACAACAAAUAUGCACUCCAUCGGGUACAGAGCCAACGCUCUGCUGGCAUUCGCCGUCACCAUUCUCGCCUUGAUGUGCGGCAUCGCUUCUUUCUCCGAUAACUUCAAUUCGCCGUCGCCCUCCGCCGAAGUUCAAGUUUUGAACAUCAAUCGGUUCCGGAAGAAAAUCAAUGGUGAUGAUGAGGUCAGCCUGACUUUGGACAUAUCAGCAAACUUGGAGACGCUAUUUACAUGGAAUACAAAGCAGGUGUUUGUAUUUUUAGCAGCAGAAUAUGAAACCCCAAAGAACGCGCUCAAUCAGAUUUCGUUGUGGGAUAGUAUUAUACUCUCCAAAGAGCAAGCAAAACUUAGGAUCGACACAACUAACAAGUACCGUUUUAUUGAUCAAGGAAGCAAUCUACGUGGCAAAGACUUUAAUUUGACAUUGCAUUGGCAUGUAAUGCCAAAGACCGGAAAAAUGCUUGCAGACAAAUUGGUACUGAGUGGCUUUCGUUUGCCCGAGGCCUAUAGGUAAAAGAUUUGUUGUUUUAUGACGGACAUAUAUACUACAACUGUUAAGUCUUCCCUUUGUUGGAGGUACAAAUAGUCGAGCUUAUCUUUUUUUAUCAUGCCAGAGAAAUAUUUAUAUGACCCUUCACUAUUUAAUAUUAGAAAAUCACCCCUUGAGUUUUUACA